GUCUAGGACUUCGGAAAAGAGGAAGGGGAGCCACCUCGACGGGCAGGCCGUUUGCUGAGCAUGGCGGCGGCGGCGGCGGCGGCAGAGACCGAAGGGAGCGCGAGGCGGAAGAUGUCGCUGCGCAGUUGUGAAAUCUGCAAUACAGAAGAAGCAAAAUAUCGAUGCCCCCGUUGUAUGAAAUACUCAUGCAGUUUGGCCUGCGUGAAGAAACAUAAGACUGCAUUCAGUUGUAAUGGAGUAAGAGAAAAGACAGCGUUUGUUUCCAUAAAUGAGUUCAGUGAUUUACAUCUUCUAAGUGAUUACCGGUUUCUGGAAGAUGUGGGAAGAACGGCUGAUGGUGCUGCUCGAGACGACACUUCACAUAGACCAAAAAGCAAUAAAUUUGUGAAUUUUUUGAGAAACCGAGCUCGAAGGUACGACAUCUGCCUACGAACUUUGCCAAUUGGAUUCACAAAGAGACGAGAGAAUUCUACGUUCUUUAACAACAAGGAACAAAAGUUCUACUGGCACUUGAAGCUUCUAUUUCCUCAUAGUCAUGCUAAGUUCACAGAAAAAAGGGUCGCAGAUGAUAAGCCACUGUAUGACAUUCUAAAGCGGUAUGUUGAUCCUCAAGAGUCUGAUCCUGUCAUUCAUCAAAGAUUAAAAACCUAUGCAAUGUCCCCUCAGUCAGACAUACGAAUUUUAAUGAAAGUGGAAAACAGACCACAAAACUCCAUCAGGUAUGAAGAACUGGAUGUCAGCAAAGGCCUUCGAGACAAUUUGAAAGGGAAGGUUGUCAUAGAAUACCCAACUUUGCAUGUUGUUUUGAAGAAAUUCCAGACGGAUAUGGUGAUUCUUGGCCACGAUGCCAGUAAAUCCAAUCAGGAAAACUCGUCUGAGGAAGAAGGGGAAAUCCAUGAUAGUUCCUGACAAAGCAAAAUCGGAUGUGGAGUUGGAGCAACUUGCUUUGCACCUGACUUGUUGAACAUAUAUUCAGCAAAUUAGUUUUGAGCAUUGCUUUUUAUUAAUAGUAUCCAAAACCUAUAGCUAUUUAAAAAGCACUGCAAUCUGUUAAUGUAUGUUCUACAUUAUGUUCUAAUCUAUGUUUAUAGAUUAAGGUGCCUAGCUCUAGCUUUCUUUUGUGAAAAUCACUGAUGUAACAAUUACAAUUUUACAGGACUCUGUUGCCAAUCUUUGUACGCUUGGCUGUUUUUUUCCACUUAUUGAAGUAGAAAGCUAUAAAUACUUUUAAUAAAACACCUAACUCUCCUUUCA